AUGGAGGAUCGCAGCGGGCAAGUGCUGGCCGUCGCGGUCCUCUUCUUCGUGCUGUGCUGGAGCGUCGUCGGCCUGCGCAUAUACUGUCGAGGAUGGAUCAUACGCUCCUUUGGCGUCGACGACAAGUUGAUGAUUGGUCUCAUGCUCCUGUUCACCGUCUACCUGAUAAUGCAAAUACAAGGCGUCCGUUAUGGCACAGGGCGACACAGGGCAGAUCUCACGGCGGAAGCCAACCGUGAUGCCCUCAUGUACUGGUACAUUUGCGAACUCCUCUACAUAAUCUCGACCUGCCUCCUCAAAAUCUCCGUCGGCUACUUCCUCCUGCGUGUCUCCAUCCGUCGCUCCCACGUCUGGAUUCUGCGCGUGCUCAUGCUCGGCACUGUGCUCUUCGGCACCACCUAUUUCUUCAUGGUCACGUUCCAGUGCGUCCCCGUAAACACCUUCUGGGAGGAAUCCCCCCGCGUACAGGGGAAGUGCUUCAACGACCGCGUCGUCGUCAUCAUGACCCUGACGGCCUCCAUCAUCAACUGCCUCGCCGACUGGUCCUUCGGCAUCCUCCCGCUCUUCAUCGUCUGGUCCCUCUCCCUCCCCAAACGCACCCGCCUCCUCGCCUUCGCCAUCCUCUCCUUCGCGGCCAUCGGCUCCGCCGCCACCGUCGUCAGAUCCGUAUACAUCCCCACCCUUCUCAACGGCGACGACUUCCUGUGGGCGACCACCGACGUCGCCCUCUGGAGCACCGUCGAGCCCGGCAUCGGCAUCACCGCCGCCUCCCUCGCCACCCUCCGCCCCCUCUGGCAGCUCGUCUGGUACCGCGCCGGCCUCAAGUCCCAGGCCCCCCGCGCCGUCGCCUGGCGUGAGCGUUUGCAGGGCAAGCCGUCCUACGUCCGCAGCGACGAAUCCGGCGGCCGCGCACGACAGGCGCGCUUCCGCCUCUCGGAUGUUGACGCACCCCUGGAAGAGAUCGAAGCCAACAUACAGGCUGAGAUCCAAGCCGAAUUCGACGCGGCCGAGCUCCCUCGCAUACACCACCCCGGCGACGACGCGGCAACAUCGACAGCCCCGUCAAGACGCAGCGGCCUGAGCAAAACAUUCGACCUAUCGUACCCGCGGAAACGUAGUGGCGAGGAGGACGGCGAAGGGCUCGUGACGCCCAGGGAAGACGGCGCGGGCGGGCACUACCUCGCCCCAACGCCGACCCGCGAGGUACUACAUUUCCACAACCAAGUAACGCUCGAAGCACUCCAUGCUAACAACCCGCAGACGCACGAAGAGCCCUCCGACCUCGAAGACGGCCUCCACCUCUCGCCCAUGGUCCCCUCCACCGCCCCGACCCUCAACUGGGUCUCCCCGCGCAUGUCCGCCCUCUCGAUGGGCUUCACUCCGCCCGGCAACAAUCCCAACGCCCGCGACUCGAUGCAGUCCUCGACGACGUGGGGCGGCUUCAACAACAACGACCCGCGCGCGAGCCGCGUCUCCAGUCUCACGACCGCAACCACCGGCGUCGCCGUCACAAACACCUACACCGGCCGCGACAGCGUCAGCCACAUCGACACGUACCGCGACAGCCGCACGACGGCGCGCAACAGCCGCUACGACCGGUACAGCCGCGCGACGCGGACGAGCAGCUACCACAGCCGCUUCCUCGCGCCGCCGUCGCCGGGGGAUGUGCCGCUGCCGAGCCCGCCGCCGCCCGUGUGGCAGGUGAAUGUGCCCGGCGGCAUGGACUCGGCGCAGUGGCUGUCGAACAGGAUGACGGAGCACCCUGGGAACCCAGGCGGGCUCAUCUGA